GAAUUUCCAUCAGAACUCAUGUUGAAUAGUUAAUCCUUAAUUGUUAGAUAAAAAGAGUUGUAUUGGAGUUUGAGGCUUGCAAAAAAUGACAAUGUAGUUGAGGAUUAAUUUCAAUAACCCAAGAAUUACCCAUCCAAAUAAAGACAGAUGAACAAUUGCAAUCAAGUUCUUCGCAGUCCAAUUAAUUAAAGCAUUUCUUGACAUGAUUGAAUUUAUAUUGAUGCCAGACAGGAUUUUAUAAAAAUAAUUGGUGCUGAUGCUAUCACCGGCCACCUUAUUUGACGCUUUUUGGCGAGUCAUUUUUAAAUAGUUUUUCUGAAAGAAAUAAAAAAAAUCUAAUAAAACUUCAGGAAAUAAAAAAAAAAAAAAAAAAGCUUGCGUCAGUACUGUUUCUUUAAGGCAUCAAUCCUUUUCUUAAAAGAGAAAAAAAUAAAUAAAAAUAAAAAUAAAAUUGACAGAACAGUUGACUUAACAUUUUAAAUGCUAAUAAGGGGAUUUAGAAAUAAAAAAUGAGCCAAUAAUUUCUCAAAUGACAGCUGAGGCACAUCACUUUUUAAACUCUUUCCGUAUGUUUUCUCAUUUACUCAUUUUCUUCAUCUCGUUGAUCACAGAAAGAAAAUCUCUCUUGUUCUUUACGAAUUCCAAGCAAAUUGCAGUGCCUUUUUCAGUAAAUUCUCAGCAUUGAUCGGCUACUCCUGUAAGAAAGAAGAGAGAAUGGAAAUUGCUGUGGGCGAAGCUGUUGUAAGCAAAGUUACAGACCAAUUGGUUGAUUCGAUAUGGCGCCAAAUCGGGUAUAUUUGGAACUACAGUUCCAACAUCCAAGGCCUUAAAAGUAAAGUUGAGAAGCUAAAAGCUGAAAAAGUGAGCGUGAUGCACCGAGUGGAGGAGGCUAUAGCUAAAGGUGAAGAAAUUGAGGAAAUUGUAAGCAAGUGGCUGACAAGUGCGGACGAGGCCAUUGAAGCUGCAGAGACUAUUCUCAACGAAGAUAAUGAUAGAGCAAACGAGGGUUGCUUCAUCGGAUGCAAUCCUAAUUGGAAAACGCGAUACAUGCUCAGUAGAAAGGCAAAGAAGGAGUCAUUACCUGUUGUUGAUGAAGUCCGAGGAGAAAAUACUUUUGAUAGAAUUUCCUAUAUUAUUUCUGUGCAGAAGUUUGAGGUGGCAAAAGAUUAUGAGACCUUUGACUCGAGAAAUCAAGUUCUGGAAGAGAUUAUUGGAGCAUUGAAGGAUGCUGAUGUCAAUUUAAUUGGGGUGUAUGGAUUGGGAGGCGUGGGCAAAACCACGCUACUGAAACAAGUCACUGCACAAGUUAAGGAAACUGGGAUUUUCAAAGUGGUGGCUACAGCAACUGUAACAGACAAUCCAGAUUUGAAUAAGAUUCAACAAGACAUUGCAGAUUGGUUAGGCCUGAAAUUUGAUGUAGAAUCCACUCAAGUAAGGGCAGCUCGGCUGCGUGCACGACUGAAACAAGACGAGAAAGUUCUGGUAAUUCUUGAUAAUAUUUGGCAUAAAAUCGCAUUGGAGGAGUUAGGAAUUCCUUAUGGUAAUGAUCAUAAAGGAUGCAAAAUAUUGAUGACCUCCAGGAAUUUAAAUGUAUUGCUGGCAAUGGACGUGCAGAGACAUUUUCUGCUCCGUGUUUUACAAGAUGAAGAGGCAUGGCAACUAUUUGAGAAGAAGGCGGGUGAGGUCAAAGAUCCCACUCUCCAUCCUAUAGCUACUCAAAUAGCACGUAAAUGUGCAGGAUUGCCCGUUCUAAUUGUAGCUGUUGCAACGGCAUUGAAAAAUAAGGAGUUGUGUGAAUGGAGGGAUGCUUUGGAAGAUUUGAAUAAAUUUGACAAAGAAGGAUAUGAAGCCAGCUACACGGCCUUGAAGUUGAGUUACAACUUUUUAGGAGCUGAAGAAAAGUCCUUGUUCGUCCUUUGUGGACAACUUAAAGCUCACUAUAUAGUAGUCAGUGACUUGUUGAAGUAUAGUCUGGGUUUGGGCUUAUUUAAUCAACGCACUACAGUUAAAGCAGCAAGAAAUAGACUACUCAAAGUAGUCAAUGACCUCAAAAGGUCUUGUUUAUUGCUCGAAGGCGACGAUGAUGAUGAAGUUAGAAUGCAUGAUGUUGUUCACAAUUUUGCAACGUUGGUUGCAUCAAGGGAUCAUCAUGUCUUUGCAGUAGCAUGUGACUCGGGAUUGGAAGAAUGGCCAGAGAAGGACAUACUUGAACAGUUCACUGCAAUCUCUUUACCAGAUUGCAAAAUUCCUAAGCUUCCUGAAGUGUUUGAAUGUCCAGACCUCCAAUCAUUUUUACUUUACAAUAAAGAUUCAUCACUCAAAAUACCAGAUAAUUUUUUCAGUAGAAUGAAAAAGCUGAAACUUAUGGAUUUAUCUAAUGUGCGUUUGUCACCGAUGCCUUUGUCACUUCAAUGUCUUGAGAAUCUUCAAACGUUGUGCCUGGAUCGUUGUACUUUGGAAGACAUAGCUGCAAUUGGAGAGCUAAAGAAAUUGCAAGUGCUUAGCUUUAUUGGCUCCACCAUGGUUCAGUUGCCAAGGGAAGUAGGGAAGUUGACUCGUUUACAACUUCUGGACCUGAGCAGGUGCCAAAAACUCGAAGUCAUUCCAAAAGGUGUUUUAUCAUGCUUGACAAAGUUGGAGGAGCUGUAUAUGGGAAACAGCUUUGUGCAAUGGGAGAGUGAAGAACAUGAUGGUGAUAGAAACAAUGCUAGCCUAGAUGAACUGAAGCUUCUGCCAAACCUUGUAACUCUUGAACUACAUAUCAUAAAUGCAGAAAUUCUGCCCAGAGAUGUGUUCUCCGAAAAGCUGGAUCUAUAUAAAGUAUUUAUCGGAGAAGAGUGGAGCUGGUUUGGUAAGUACGAAGCCUCAAGAACCUUGAAACUGAAACUCAAUUCAAGCAUUGAAAUAGAGAAGGUUAAAGUGUUGUUGAUGACAACUGAAGAUUUAUAUUUGGAUGAAUUGGAGGGUGUAAGAAAUGUGCUCUAUGAAUUAGAUGGCCAAGGUUUUCCUCAAUUGAAACAUCUCCAUAUACAAAAUAGUAGUGAGAUACAAUAUAUUGUGGAUUGUCUGAGUAUGGGCAAUCAUUACAUUGCUUUCCCAAGGUUGGAGUCAUUACUGGUAGACAAUUUGAAUAACUUGGGGCAGAUAUGCUACGGCCAGCUUAUGUCAGGGUCUUUUAGCAAAUUAAGAAAGCUAAAAGUGGAACAUUGCAAUGCGUUAAAGAAUCUUUUUUAUUUCUCAAUGUUUAGAGGCCUUGUUCAACUUGAAGAAAUAGAUGUCAGUAGUUGCAAUAUAAUGGAAGAGAUAGUUGUGGAGGAAAUUGAAGAUGAUAGUGGAAGAGAUGAAAUAAUAAAACCGAUACGUUUACGCACAUUGACAUUGGAAUAUCUACCUCGGUUUACAAGCUUUUGCUCCCAAAGAAUGCAGAAGUUAGCAGGACUUGAUGCGGGAUGUGCACAGAUCAUUUCUGAAACUCCAUCGGUACUUUUUGGCCAAAAGAUUGAAUUUUCCAAUUUGCUAAACUUGAAGUUAUCCUCAAUUAAUAAUAUGGAGAAGAUAUGGCGUAACCAAGUCAAAGAACCACCUUCAUCCGUUCAAAACUUAACAAGCUUGAUCGUGGAGGGUUGUGGGAAGUUAAGUUAUUUAUUUACAUCUUCUAUGGUGGAAAAUCUUAGCCAACUCGAGUAUCUUGAGAUAAGCGAUUGCAGUUUUAUGGAAGAAAUAAUAGUUGCAGAAGGAUUAACAAAACAUAAUAGCAAGCUGCACUUCCCCAUACUACACACUCUAAAGCUCAAAAGUCUUCCAAAUUUGAUAAGGUUUUGCUUCGGUAACUUAAUUGAGUGUCCCUCUCUCAAUGCCUUAAGGAUCGAAAACUGCCCUCGUCUGCUGAAAUUUAUCUCUAGUUCUGCAAGCACAAAUAUGGAAGCAAAUAGAGGAGGUAGAGAAACAAACUCAACUCUUUUCGAUGAAAAGGUUUCAUUUCCGAUCUUGGAAAAAUUGGAAAUUGUCUACAUGAAUAAUUUGAGGAUGAUAUGGGAAAGUGAAGACAGGGGAGAUUCCUUUUGCAAAUUGAAAAUAGUUAAGAUUCAAAAUUGUAAAGAGCUAGUGACAAUUUUUCCAUCGAAAAUGUUGAGAGCAUUGCAAAAGCUUGAAGAUGUUGUAGUAACAAAUUGUGAUUUACUGGAGGAGGUGUUUAAUCUACAAGAGCUGAUGGCCACAGAAGGAAAACAAAAACGUGUUUUACCAGUAGUUGCUCAAUUGAGAGAUUUGACUAUAGAAAACCUCCCAUCCUUGAAGCAUGUUUGGAGUGGAGAUCCCCAAGGAGUCUUCUCCUUUGAUAACUUACGUUCAUUGUCUGCUGAAAACUGUCCUAGUUUGAAAAAUCUUUUCCCGGCUUCAAUAGCUAAAAGUCUUUCACAACUCGAAGAUCUUUCAAUAGUAAAUUGUGGGUUGCAGGAAAUUGUUGCCAAGGAUAGAGUAGAAGCAACUCCAAGAUUUGUGUUUCCUCAGCUUAAGUCGAUGAAACUUUGGAUUCUAGAAGAAGUAAAGAAUUUCUAUCCAGGACGUCAUAUUUUAGAUUGUCCUAAGCUGGAAAAGUUGACUAUCCAUGACUGCGACAAUCUAGAGCUUUUUACUUUAGAAUCUCAGUGCUUGCAAGUUGGUCGCGGGGAGAACCAAGUGGACGUUGAAUUUCAGCAACCUCUUUUCUCUUUUACACAGGUUGUAAGCCACUUGAAGUCAUUGUCACUCAGUAACAAGGAGACCAUGAUGAUAAGGCAAGCCCAGCUUCCAGCAAGUCUCUUUCACAAACUAGAACGUCUUGACCUGCAAUGCUUUCAUGACAGAUCAUCCUAUUUUCCAUUUGACCUCCUCCAAAGAUUCCAGAAUGUUGAAACUCUACUCCUCACUUGUAGCAAUGUAGAAGAUCUAUUUCCAUAUCCCUUAGUUGGUGAAGAUAACAAUGUAAGGAUUCUUUCAAAUUUACGACACUUAACUUUGAAUAGUCUUCGGGAUAUUAGGCGUAUAUGGAACCAAGAAUGCCAACCAAACCAAUCUCUUCAAAAUCUUGAAACUCUUGAAGUAAUGUAUUGCAAGAAAUUGAUAAAUUUAGCACCAUCAUCUGCAACUUUCAAAAAUCUUGCAUCUUUGGAAGUGCACGAGUGUAAUGGAUUAGUAAGCUUACUAACAUCCACAACUGCCAAAAGUUUGGUACAACUCGGAGAAAUGAAGGUAAGCAAUUGCAAAAUGUUGAGAGAAAUUGUGGCAAAUGAGGGAGAUGAAAUGGAAAGUGAGAUUACUUUCAGCAAAUUGGAAAGUCUGAGACUUGAUGAUUUAACAAGGCUCACUACCGUUUGCUCAGUGAAUUGCCGAGUCAAAUUCCCAUCUUUAGAGGAACUGAUAGUGACAGCCUGCCCCAGAAUGGAGUUUUUCUCCCACGGCAUCAUAACUGCACCAAAGCUAGAGAAAGUAAGUCUAACAAAAGAAGGAGACAAAUGGCGAUCGGUUGGGGACCUUAAUACCACAACACAGCAACUAUACAGAGAGAUGGUUGGACUGAACGGUGUGCAACAUUUGCAACUUUCUGAAUUUCCCACACUGGUAGAGAAAUGGCAUGAUCAACUUCCCGCGUAUUUCUUCUAUAAUCUAAAAUCGUUGGUGGUGGAUAAUUGUUCAUUUCCGUCUAGUUCUGUUCCUUCCAAUCUAUUGCCCUUUUUGAAUGAGUUGGAGGUGCUUGAGGUGAGAAAUUGUGAUUCAUUAGCCAAAGUGUUUGAUUUUGAAUGGUCCAACGAUUAUGGAUAUGCUGGGCAUUUACCCAAUUUAAAAAAGUUUCACUUGAUUGAUCUACCAAGGCUAAGGCACAUAUGGGAUGAUAUUUCUAGUGAAAUUUCGGGCUUCAAAAACCUUACAGUGCUGAAUAUCCAUAACUGUAGUAGUUUGAGAUACAUUUUUAAUCCUACCAUAUGCAUGGGCCUUGUGCAACUCCAAGAGGUGGAAGUAAGAAAUUGCGCUUUGGUGCAAGCAAUAAUCAGAGAAGGCUUAGCGAAAGAAGAAGCUCCGAAUGAGAUCAUAUUUCCUCUGCUCAAGUCCAUUUCCCUUGAGUCGUUGCCAAGCUUAAUCAAUUUCUUUUCUGGAAGUGGGAUCGUGCGGUGUCCGUCUUUGAAAGAGAUUACCAUAGUCAAUUGCCCAGCCACUUUCACGUGUACAUUGUUGAGGGAAUCAGAGUCAAAUGCAACUGAUGAGAUAAUUGAGACAAAGGUUGAGUUCUCAGAGUUGAAAAUCCUAAAACUGUUUUCUAUCAACAUUGAGAAGAUAUGGCAUGCCCAUCAGUUGGAAAUGUAUGCUUCCAUUCAACAUUUAGCAAGCUUGACUGUUGAUGGUUGCGGUCAUUUAAAACAUGUACUGUCAUCCUCAAUGGUUCAAACUCUUGUGCAUUUGAAGAAACUCGAGGUCUGCAAUUGUAGAAUGAUGGAAGAAGUAAUAGCCACAGAAGGAUUUGAAGAAGAAAGUACGAGUCGGAUGCUGCUUCGGCAACUAGAGUUUUUGAAGCUUAAAGAUCUUCCAGAACUUGCACAGUUCUUCACAAGUAAUUUAAUUGAAUUUCCAGUCAUGAAAGAGUUGUGGUUGCAAAACUGCCCUAAAUUGGUUGCAUUUGUCUCGAGCUUUGGAAGGGAAAAUUUGGCACUCAGCAGUGAACUUGAAAUAUCAAAAUCUACUCUCUUUAACGAAAAGGUUGCUUUUCCCAAAUUGAAGAAACUUCAAAUAUUCGAUAUGAAUAAUUUUAAAAUUUUUUCAUCGAAUAUGUUACUAAGACUCCAGAAUCUCGACAAUUUGGUCAUAAAGAAUUGCAGUUCUCUGGAAGAAGUAUUUGAUCUCCGCGAGCUUAUAAAAGUCGAAGAACAACUGGUUACAGAAGCAAGCCAAUUGGAAACUUUGGAGAUACAUAAUCUCCCAAAUUUGAAGCAUGUGUGGAACGAGGAUCCUAAAGGGAUUAUCUCCUUUGAGAAACUAUCUUCAGUCGAAGUUUGGGAAUGUCCUUGUCUCAAAAGUAUCUUCCCAACCUCUGUAGCCAAACAUCUCCCACAACUUGAAGCCCUUAAUGUGGAUGGUUGUGGAGUGGAGGAAAUUGUUUCAAAGGAGGAUGGAGUGGGAGUGGAAGAAACUCCUAUGUUUGUUUUUCCUCGGCUCAAGUUCCUUGACCUAUGGAGAUUACAAGAAUUAAAGAGCUUCUACCCUGGAAUUCACACUUUAGAGUGUCCGGUGCUAGAACAACUGAUUGUGUAUCGGUGUGACAAAUUGGAGACCUUCUCUUACGAACAGGGCUCACAAGAAACACAUACAGAGGGCCAACAAGAGAUUCAAGCUGAGCAACCUCUUUUUUGUUUUACAAAGGUUGUCCCUAACUUGUGCAACUUAUCAUUGAGCUGCGAUGACAUCAAAGCGAUACGGGAAGGCCAAUUUUCAGCAGAAACUUUCAACAAACUAAAUACUCUUCAUCUGUAUUGCUUUCAUGACACUUCAUUUGAUUCUCCGUGCGAUCUGCUUCAUAAAUUCCAGAACGUGCAUCAGCUUAUUCUUAGAUGUUCUAAUUUCAAAGUUUUAUUCUCAUUUGGUGUUGUCGAUGAGAGCGCAAGGAUUCUUUCUCAGCUGCGAUAUUUAAAACUGGACUACCUUCCUGAUAUGAAGGAAAUAUGGAGUCAAGAUUGCCCAACUGAUCAAACUCUUCAAAAUCUUGAAACUCUAGAAAUAUGGGGUUGCCACAGUUUGAUUAGUUUGGCAUCAGGAUCUGCAGGUUUUCAGAAUCUUGAGACUCUGGACGUGUACAAUUGUGAUGAACUAUUGUACUUGGUAACAUCCUCAGUAGCCAAAAGUCUCGUGCAUCUCACCAAAAUGACUGUGAGAGAAUGCAAUAUCUUGAGAGAAGUUGUAGCAAGUGAGGCAGAUGAACCACAAGGUGAUAUUAUUUUCAGCAAAUUGGAAAACCUGAGACUUUAUCGCUUGGAAAGCCUUAUAAGAUUUUGCUCUGCGAGUAUCACCAUUCAAUUCCCAUCUUUGAAAGAUGUUGAAGUGACACAGUGCCCCAAUAUGAUGGAUUUCUCCCGGGGAGUCAUAAGAGCACCGAAACUACAAAAAGUAUGUUUCGCAGGAGAAGAGCGCUGGGUUGAGCAUCUCAAUACCACUAUACAACUACUUUAUAAAGAAAAUGAAUACUGAGGAAAAUUGAUCCCAUCCAUCGAAAUCACGAGCUCAAGAUGGAAAAUGCCCAAAUUUCUUUGAUAGGUGAUGCCAGGAAUUGGAGCCCAUAUUCGUUUAAUGAGAUGGUGUAAGGGCUUUCAUUCUCCUAUUAUUGUUUUUGAUUGAAAUGGUGGGAAGGACCAUUUCGAUCCCAUGUGAUUGUCUGUUGAAGCAGUGAAAGCAUUCUGUAUUUUGUUGGCAGUUAUUCGUUCAUGCUUUACAGAGAUACAUUUUCUACCGUAUGGGCCAAAGAUUCUUUUUUUGUCGUCAGCCCCUUUAGAGAAGAAAGUGGCAUGGAUGUUAUUUAACCUACGUUGACAAAUUGAAGAUAAUUUGGUAUUCUGAAUUUUCUUAUUCUUAAUUGUCAAAUUCUUCUGGUACCGCCGGUUGUGUUAGAACUUCGUGAGAUUGACCUCGGGCAAUUCAAAUCAACUUUUAACUUAUCUUUUGCUUACUGAUGGAACAGCACAAGGAGAUGCUGAGGCACUUGUCAACUUUAACAUUGAUCAACUCUUUUGUUAAGAUAUGAUCAGUUCAGAAAGUAUGGCUUUAGCUUAGAAAAGUAAGGCUUUCAUUCUUUGUGAAAGUCGAACUAAGUAAGUCUGAAUUUGAGUUGGAAGUGAUUUUAGUUGAGUAAAGUAGACAACAAGGAUUUAAGACUAGAGUAGAACAGAGAGUUAGUAGCACUUGAGCUUGAAAGUAUAGAGAGCUUUGUUAAUGUUUCCAAACUUUUUUACAAGUAUGUGGGGUGACCUUUAUAUAGGCUUUUCACCUCCUUAACAUGUGGUUAGGAUUAGUUCAUCUAGAACUUUCUACAAACAUCACAUGUACAUGAUUUUCUUAUGAAGCUACUCUAUUUACAAAGUAUGAGAAUUUUCUGAAAGGCAGUCUUCCUACUUCUUCAUGGGAAGCUUUUAGGCAGCUCCUUGGCUUGGCUUGGCUUGUCAGCACACAGUCUUGCAAUAUUUUAGCAUUUUCUAGUGUCUUUUUUUUAUUUUUUAAACAGCCAACUUGGGCUAGGCAGCAGCAGCCCACUCUUAGCACAUGUUGGGUACAGCAGCCUACUCUUAGCACAUGUUGGGUACAUUUCUGCCCAUGGACAGACUUCGUCCAAGAUGAGACGGGUUGUGACGUAAAACUGUAAAAGAAAGAGCAACUCUUAUAAUUAUUUUCUUCUUAUCGUGUAUUUGUUAAUCCUUUAUAAAAAGUAGUACGGGAGAGCAAUAUGAACUUCCCAUUUUCUUUCGUUCCAAAAAACAAU